AUGCAAUCUUUACAAGAACCCAGUAAUGCGGAUUUGGAAUCUGCAGCUGAUUUUGAUAGUGUCGGUGGUUUAGUGAAAGUUGCAAUCGAGAUUGUGGUUAUGGCAGAAAACGGCAAUGGUGGGGAAGAGAGAGAAUCCAGUGUGUCUGAGUGCUCUGUAGAGAUUGUGGCUAAAAUUGAGAGGGAUUGUAGGAUAUGCCACCUCAGCAUGGAUGCAACUGAUCAGGACUCAGGGUUUGCCAUUGAGCUGGGAUGCUCUUGUAAGGAGGAUUUGGCUGCUGCCCACAACCAAUGUGCUGAGGCAUGGUUCAAGAUUAAAGGAGACAAAACCUGUGAGAUAUGUGGAUCCCUUGCAAAAAAUGUGGUCGGGGCAACUGAGGCUGAUCUGACAGAGUCAUGGAACGAGACCGGUGAUGCUGCUGCUGCAAGUGCAGCAUCCCAGUCGCGGAACUUCUGGCAAGGCCGGCGUUUUCUCUACUUCUUGUUAGCUUGCAUGGUGUUUGCGUUUGUCAUAUCGUGUCUUUUCCAUUUCAACGUGCCAUCUUGA